AAUAACCUGUAAGAUAUGAUGGGAUAUAUAGUUUAUCAGGUCACGAACGCCUUAUUUAAAUACUUCUGUUGAAAUGCUUGUUGAUUAAUUGAAGCAAAAACUGAGCAAACUACGAUGAAGGAAAUUUUCGCCGUGCUGCUCUUGAUUCACGUUUGUGGGAGACUGUCGACAACUCCUCCUCCUGCCGAGGUCGUCUAUGAAUGGGUGUCCAUAGAUUACGAUUGGCCAAAUAAUACCACGAAGCCAAGUACAUUUUCCUCAGGAAAGUAUAUCAGAGAAAACAACAUCAUAGCGGGCGUGAAGGUCUACAAAGACGACGUUUACGUCACCGUUCCCAGAUGGCGAGAAGGCGUUCCUUCUUCACUGAAUAGGGUUAUUGUGAAAAACGGUAAACCCAUUCUUCAGCCGUUCCCAGACUGGAAGUCUCACACUGUGGGUGACUGUGACGCUCUUCAGUAUGUGCACAGCAUGGAAGUGGAUCCUAAGCGAGGCUGGAUGUGGAUCAUAGAUAUCGGCCGUUUGGAUAUCCUCCCGGGGGGAACACCGCGUAACCUCUGUCCACCCAAGAUUCUUGUGUACGACAUUAACACCGCCAGCUACGUUAAACGGUACGUCUUUCCCGCUAGUGUUGCUUCUCCCGCCACAAACUUCCUGAAUGACAUUGUGCUGGACGUUAUAAAUGAUAAACCCACGUAUGCCUACAUAACGGACACGUCUUUCAAUGACCCAGGGCUAGUGGUCUACAAUUUCCAGCAUAACACCUCUCAUAGAUUCAGUCAUAAAUCAAUGGGACCAGAACCAGAAGGUAGAAGCAUAACGAUAAAUAACGUGACCUACGCCAUGGCAGCUCCCAUGGAUGGGAUUGCCUUGUCCCCAGAUUCUAAAUAUGUGUAUUAUUGCGCGCUAGCUGCUUAUAGUUUAUUUCAAGUACCAACCAAUGUGGUGAGAAAUCCUUCCGCGGAUUUCGCCUCUGCCGUAAAGAAUGUUGGUAAGAAAGUGUCACCAGCCGACGGUUUGGCAUAUGGCCAAAAGAAUCUGUUCUUCGGCGCUCUUGACCGUAACGCCGUGUACAAAUGGAGGAUUGACGCUGACGCCAAAGCACAGCACGGCUACGCCAAUGUUCAGAUGAAGACGCAAACACCCGUCGUUUCCGACAACGCCCGGAUGGAGUGGGUGGACACUUUCGCCUUCGACGAACACGGGUAUUUGUGGUUCACCGCCAACCGCCUGCAGCCAUUCUUUCAGAACACGAUGAACUUCUCGGAUUCGAACAGUACGCCCAACGUUAGAAUCUGGAAGGUGUAUGUCGGGGAAAAAGGUUACCUACACCAUGCUGACAAGGCCGACCCCUCAAUUAUCGGCUAA